AUGCCUGAAAAACGCGACUCGCCCCCAGCGGCCGAGGAAACUGUCGCGAAGAGGCAGCGCGUUGACUGUGACGACUCUGUGAUGGAAGAUGUUCUCUCGCCAGCUACGAUGGAUGAUGCGACGGGCUCCUGUCCCUGCGAGGUUAAAUACCCAUCCACGCAGCAUUUCAAUGCGCGAUGCGGCAUCCAGCGUUCUAUAGCCCUCGCCGCGGCGCACAUUGGUUUCGAGUCCACAUCCCCUCAAGUGAUGGAGAGCUUCACGGGGCUGAUAGAAGCAUAUUUGGAGUCGAUUAUCGAGGAGACAAAGAGGCUCGCAAUCGCAUCUCGGCGCGAGCACCCGAUACCUUCCGAUUUUGAGAACAUGCUCAAGCGCUAUAAUUUACCGAUAUCAUCUUUAUUGCCACAUUUGAGGAAUCCCAUGUCAAUCGACCCUACGCCAAACUUUGUGCAGACCCAUGAUGGCCAUAAAUCGUCCGAGUUCAAACCGCUUCCGUUGCUUGGCUCUGAACUAAGUGGCCAGGCGGAUAAAGACGCGAAACCAUACAUUCCGUCGUCAUUUCCUGAUUUCCCAAGCAAACAUACAUACAAAUUUACGCCACAGGAAGAUACCAGGUCUCGUGAUUCCAAAAAAAUCCGCGAGGAAGCCGCACUAAAUGCUCAGCAAGGUGAGGAUGCCCUCAGGCGGCUGGUCCGCGCAUCAAAGAUGCGCAAGCAGAAAGAAGCCAAGACCCUCGUGGAGAGGGAUAAUCAAGGUAAGGAGCGGUUCAGAUUAUGGGAGUCAACCAUGAAACGGUUCAUGGGUGGAAACUCAAAAGACGUCGCGACGGGGCAGGUCGAGAUUGCAGAUCACAGCAUGAUUGUGAAUGGAGAUGUAGCAUUCUCCCGCAAAGAUGUUUCGCGCACAGUUCAACGGUCAGCCACUGUUCCUGGAAAGGGACCUUGA